AUGAAUUUCUCGUUUGGAACACCGGGUGCCACUGCAUCGACCCCUGCCGCCUUGGGUGCAACUGCUCCGACCACAACAACAACGGCUGCCAGCACAGGAGGAUUCAGUUUCGGAGCAACUCCGUUUGGGACGAGUUCCACCGGAUUAACAGCGGCAGUUGCUGCGCCCACGACGACAACCGCCUCUUCCGCCGCGGCUCCCUCUGCUGCUCCCACACUUAGCUUUGGUACCAAUCUUGCCGCAGGAGUCGCAGCCACACCUACAGCAACUCCGACUGCAGCAGCUUCCGUGACCACAACCAGUCAGCUGACAUUGGGAAGUUUUGCAGCUCCAAGCCAGCAGCAAAUCAAACGCAACCAGCGGCAAAUCUGA